AUGGUGAGUAACAUCUUCACUUGGUUCCUGUAUGUCGUCAACCAGGUGUCGGACCUGUCCCUCCGCCCGAUUCAACCUCAGUCGAGGUUGAGGCCGGGGAAUCAACAGGUCUUGGCUCCACCCAGCACGACUGAGGCGCUCGAUAUUGGUCCGCCUAUCACCCAAACACCGACGACUCAACCGAGUAUCACACCGUCACCCACGAGUCCACCGCCAGCGGAGGCUACCGAUGAAUUCUGGGAUGACAUUAUCACUGGGGUGUAUGGAAUCCCACCGCUGCUCAAGAUCCAUGACCGAACCGGGAUGGUGAAAUGGAGUUGGGGUCGGGACGACGUUACGCAGGAGCUUCCGCCGUAUAUCAGGCACUGUCUGUAUAGCGAUGCGAACGAUGCCACCGAGGUCAAGUGGAUCAAGAACGGAACCGCCAUCGCGGCGAUCUACAGCGACCUCGUGCUCAUGAUCAACCAUACCCCUGACAACCCGGAAACAGACAAACUAAUCACAUUCGCUGUCUGCCGGCAGAAUGAGUUUCUCUGGAAUGCUCAUACCCUCGAGCCGUUGCCGGGAGAUCGAGUGGCAGUCGGCACCACGGGUUCCAACGCCUGGGACGGCAUCCUCGUCUAUAACUCUAGCGUUGAUAACCCCCUGGUGGACGAGCCGCUGAUCCUGCAGAAUAUCACCGGCCUGCGCGCCAUACAUGGGAUGAUUUGGGACGAGCAAGAGCAGAUGCUGUGGGCCGCCGGUACGGACGCUGCAGCCGAUGGAUCUGAUCCAAUCCCAGCGUACGGAACCAUCCAGGGUUAUCCCUACAAUGCAACCACCGGCGAGCUGGAAGACACCGAGGAAUUCAUGUACCGACUCCCGGAGGCAUGGGACCAGGAGACGGAAUGGGGUCCAGGAUACCCAUGGUGGUGUGGGCCACACGACCUCGUUCCUAUUCCUAACGAUCGAAAGUUUCUAAUGUCGCAAGAUCGAGGGUUACACGCCUUUGACCUGGAUACGCGGGAAUUCUUCCUCGAUAGCAAAGGCGUGAUUGAUACGUACAUGAGAGGGUUCGAGGUCACCACCAGUGAUCGCAAAGGCUUUAACCGGGCAGGAGAGUACCUAGAGCUACCCGAAUCAGACCUGAAGGGGUUCAGCAUGGCGCCGGAUGGAACCUUCGUCUAUGUGCAGUCCCUGUGGCGAUUGCUAAGGGGAAACCACACAAAUAUUGUCGUCGAUGGGGUCAGGCAACAGAUCAACCUUGGGGACGAGAUUUACCGAUCGCGUUGGUUUGCAGACAUUCCCGGCUGGCCGAAACCAGCUGCAUAA